GCCAUCUUGGCGCGGGGACUCACGCUCCUCCGGUCCUCCUCGUCCUCCGUGAGCCGCAUCCCCGCGCGGGACCCCCCCCCGACCCGGCCCCGAACCCCGAUCCGCGUGUGCCGCUUCCGCGCAGGCGCUCGCUCGGACCCAGCGCACCGUAAUUAAGGAAAAAUGAUGGAAGAAAGUGGAAUAGAGACAACUCCGCCUGGAACCCCUCCCCUGAACCCUGCAGGCCUGGCUGCCGCUGCCAUGCCGGCCACUGAGGUUCACUUAGCUACAACCAGUUCCUUCUCAUCUCCCAGUGUGUCCAGGAUGGAGUCUUUGCCACCACACGUGUAUUCCACACCUCAGCCAUCCCUGCCCCCUGUGCAGCCGUCAGCACCGCCUCCUUUUGGGCCACUGCCUCUGGUUCCUUCGGUUCCCCCGAGUGGCACGUCUGUGCCGCCCUCCAUGUCUCCAUCACCUGCCACUGCCUUCAGCAGCCCUCCUUUAUCCCACUUCCCACCGGCGACUUCCGCCCCUGGUGCCCUUUUAUCUGCGCCGCCUUCGGGUCCUCCUAUAUCAGGAUUUUCUGUUGGCACAACGUAUGACAUCACGAGGGGCCACGCUGGGAGGGCUCCCCAGACACCUUUGAUGCCAUCAUUUUCUGCACCUCCAGUUACAGGUAUUUUGCCAGCCCCCAUUACUCAGCAAGCCAGUAUGACAUCUCUGGCACAGGGACCCGGAACCACAUCAGCCAUCACUUUCCCAGAGGAACAGGAAGACCCUAGACUUAGCAGAGGCCAGGACGAUGCACCUGCUGGUGGGAUCUGGGGCUUUAUCAAGGGCGUGGCUGGGAAUCCUAUGGUGAAAUCUGUCCUGGAUAAGACCAAGCAUUCGGUAGAAAGCAUGAUUACAACGCUGGACCCUGGCAUGGCUCCAUAUAUCAAAUCUGGAGGUGAACUGGAUAUUGUUGUAACCUCAAAUAAAGAAGUGAAAGUGGCUGCUGUCCGAGACGCCUUCCAGGAGGUCUUUGGCUUAGCUAUGGUUGUGGGCGAAGCUGGACAGUCCAAUAUCGCCCCUCAGCCAGUGGGCUAUGCAGCUGGAUUAAAGGGUGCCCAGGAGCGCAUCGAUAGCCUGCGGAGGACUGGCGCGAUCCAUGAAAAGCAGACUGCUGUGUCAGUAGAAAACUUCAUCGCUGAGCUGCUGCCCGACAAGUGGUUUGACAUCGGCUGCUUGGUCGUUGAAGAUCCUGUUCAUGGCAUCCGCCUGGAAGCGUUUACUCAGGCCACACCGGUGCCUUUGGAGUUUGUGCAGCAGGCACAAAGCCUGACUCCCCAGGACUACAAUCUGAGGUGGUCAGGUCUCCUGGUGACAGUGGGUGAAGUCCUGGAAAAGAGCUUGCUUAAUGUCAGCCGGACUGAUUGGCACCUGGCUUUCACUGGCAUGUCUCGCCGACAGAUGAUCUACAGCGCAGCCAAGGCUGUGGCGGGCAUGUACAAGCAGCGCCUGCCACCCAGGCCCAUGUGAGACCAGCUGCUGGGACAUGGAGACCUGCCGUCACCUUUGGCUCCGUGUUAGAGGACACUGAGUAACUUCUAUGAAUCCAACAGGUUUUUACAGUUUUCCCGUAGGCUGCAUCCUUGUAAAAGAUUUCUUUUUGUUUCUUUCUUUUUUAAAGUAAAGGCACAGUGUCAUUGUCAUUCCAGUAAAACAAAAGAAAUAGAUCCUCUUUUUAUUGUCCAGAUUUUAUACAUCUUAGUUCUCAAAAGGUACACAAAUAUAUUGACAGCACAAUUCAGUACACCAGGUUUAUAAAGUGGACCUUGUGCUCACGUAUUGGAUGGUAUGUUCUUGGCUCUCCCGGUUUCUCUGCAUGGUGGAGGCUGUGUGUGCCAACUAUCUUGUGAAGGUGUGCUUCCUGUUGUCAUCUGUGUGUGCCCUGGAUCUCAGUCACGCUCAGCAGUGGACCUUACGUGCUUGUGGGAGGGUGGGGGCACACAGUUCCAUGUGCUUUAUAGAGUAUGGGCCAAAUUAAUGGAUAUUGUUUCCCAUGUACAUGUAUAGUUUGGAAGUUACACCUGUUUCUUUUCUAUUCUAAAUUUUGCCAUUUUACAGAUUUAUACUAUUGACAUCCAAAAAUAACGUUUUAUUCUUUUCACUGCAAUAUAAAAACUCAAGGGCAGGCCAUCCAAGUAUCUUUUAGAUCAGAAAUGUUAUUCAUGUUUUUAUUUUAUUAUAUUUUAUUUUUUUGAGAUUUUUGAAUUUUGUGUAUUGGUGUAUGUGUGGCUAUGCACCAUGUGUGUUGUGCCCAGGGCGGCCAGAAGAAGCCAUCAGAGCCCUGGAACCAGAGUCACAGACGGUGGUGAGCUGCCCUGUGGGUGCUUGGGUACCAGCCUGCCUCCUCUAGAAGAGCAGUCAGUGUUCUUCAGCACUGACACAUCUCUCCCGGUGCCUCGUGUUGUUCUUGUGUCAUGGCGUCAGCACUUCCACAAAUCAGCUGUCGUAACAGCUGUUCCUCCUGCGUCCGCUCACAUUCUCCAGACUGUGAGAGGAGUCCACUUCUUUGGGGAUGGUAUACAUUUUCUAAAAUUAAUGUUGCUUCUUUUCUAUUAUUUGAGAACUUCACGCAGUGUAUUCUCAUGACACUUAUCUCCCUCCCCUAACUCUUCCAUCCCCACUGUAUGCUCCCUUCUUGUCCUCGUUUUUUUUUCUUUUUUUUUUUUUAACAGCCUAUCAAGUACAUUCUGUACUGCCGAAAUAGGUGUGAAGCAAAACUGACCAACAAGAGGCCACACCCUUAGAGAACUUGACUGUCCCUUCCUCAGAAGCCAUCAACUGCCUAUAACUCCCCAGUUGUGUGUACUGGGGUGGGGGUGGGGAGAUGUAAGCCCCUCUAUGCUGGGAUGUUGACUGGCUGGAUCUUGGGGAGAUUUAGGGUUAUUUCCUAGUCUGCCUUAGGCACAGCUUGACUUUCUUAACUGUGCCCUUCAUUUCUUACAGAUGUUUUCAAUGGAAUGAUUUUAUAUUUGAUGUUGUUUAUUUAAUCCACUGCAUUUAGCUUUUUCCUUCCUGACGUAAUGUAUUUUACCAUUUGGGGAUUUAUGUAAGAUGAAAUUAAGUAAAUUUUUUUCUUCCUCAGUUGAGCACUAUAUGCAAUUCAAUCUUCCUGAAGACAACUUGAAACAUAAAUGUAGUUCGGCUUUCCUUUCAUUGUUGAUGCAGUUGUGCAGACAUUAGAGUUAGAAGACUGCAGUCAUCCUUCUGAGUCCUUACCUGGGAAGUGUACCUGCCGUGUCACGGUGCUUUUCCUGAAUUAUGUCAUUUCUGCUACUUUUACUUCUGAGGUGGGUGUGUGCUAACCCCAAGCAGGAGAGAAGCACUGCAGUGGCUGCACUGGCCCACCGUAACGCGGCCACGGACUUCUCCUCGCUUCGUGCAUAAGAAGCAGGGUCUUUCUCUACACCUGCUGCUGUGCUGUGAUUUGAAAAACUGUCCUUUGGGUCUAGGGAUGUAGCUCCAUGUCAGGGCCUAAGGUCCAUCUCUAUAAAUACACACACACACACACACACACACACACACACACACAC